UAUAUUGCGGUCCCUGUAGCUCUCAUCUCAGCUCGUUCAGACAACUCGCCGAGCCCCUCUCUCUCUCUCUCUCUCUCUCUCCACAUGAAGCGCAAAAAAUGGUCGGAGCUCGAAGAGCAGACUCUUCUCACCAAAUACUCAGAGCUCUCGAGCUCCGGUGCCCUAGCCAAGCUCAAGACCCGCGAGAAGAAGUUCAAGCCCAUCGCGGAGCACGUGAACGCCGCGCACCACCUCCAGGACCCGACCCGAUUCCCAUUCAAGUGGUCGUGGCGGGACGUGUCGAUCAAGGUCCAGAACAUGCGCCACCAGUACCUGGGUGUGAAGCAGAAGAUCAGGGCCUCCAGCGGUGAGUUCAAUUGGGACGACGGCGAGAAUCACUGGGAGAAUUUCUUGAGGUACAAGGAAGUGUUCGGCGAUGUUGAGCUCGAAAUUAAGGGCAAAAAGUUGAAUGCAGUCGAUUUCUUGGGGGAUUCCCGGUUUGGGAGUUCCAGCGAUCUGGGUUUAGGGUUUGAUUUGGAGGACGACGACGACGACGACGACGAUGAAGAAGGAGGAGAAGACAUAGAAGAAGGAGAAGAAAUAGAAGAAGCAGAAGCAGAAGCAGCGGCAAAUUCUGAUUAUGAAAAUGCUGAUGAUGAUGGUGUGAGCGGCAAUGAUAUCGAGUGUGAUAAUGUUGAUAUUGAUCAACUGAAUAGUGCGGGGGAGGUUAGGAAUGGGGGGGAAAAUGGGGGAUCGGGUGUUGUUAAGUCAAAUAAAUUCAAAAGUGGGUUCGUACUAAGAUCGAACAAGAAAUGGCCGGUUUUGGGUGCGCAAGUGAUUGACUUGAGGGAUGCGAUAGUGAGGAGAGAAGAGAGGAGGAGAGAGAUAGAGUUUUAUAAAGAGAAGAGCUUAAUUGACAAAGCAGAAAAUAGGAGGGAGCUGGAGUUUAUGAAGGGAAUGCAACAGAGCGAGAGGUUGGAGAGGUUGGAGAGCCGGGAAUUGGAGUUGGACAAACGGGAAUUGAUCUGGGCGAGGAGGGAAAUCGGGCGGCGGUCGAGGUUAGAAAGGGAGUUCGAUGAGGAGCGGCGGCGGAGGAGGAGGAUGGAGGAGAAGAGGGAGGAGGAGGAGAUGGAGUGGAGGGGGAGGAUGAUUGAGUUGCAGGUCGAGCACGAGAAGGCGAUAAUGCAGAUGCAAGCCGAUGCUUGCCAGAACCAAAUGCAGAUCCUCGGGGUCAUGGCCCGGAUGGUUUGUCAGUUCUUCGGUUCGGCGAGCGAUGCUUUGAGCAGCGGGUUGAGCGGCUUGCCCCCACAAGUUUUGCAGAACUUGCAGCAUCCCGCAGGUUUGGAUGAUAGUGCCAAGCCCGAGACGAAUUCGCCUUCGGAAUUCAUAUGAACGGUAUUUGUUCCGCAACUAACAAGGUUGGGAUGAUCGAUGGUGGAGGAAGAAGAAAUACAUAACAGAGAUAAUCUCAAGCUUCUGUGGGAGUUGAUCACUUUCUGUCGUAACUCCAUAAGAGUUACUUUUGUGGAGUGAACAGUCUGAUCUCUUGCGGAACAGUCUGACCUCUUGUGGAGGCAUAUGUAAUAGGAGGAAGAUAGAUCUUUCUGAAUUUGUUUCGAAACAGAGAGUGAUCUGUGCACUUCUGAGGGGGUUGAUCAAUUCCUGUCACGUGUUCAUAAGAGUUACCUUUGUCGAGUGCGCAGUGUAAUCUCUUGCCGAGGCAUAUGUAAUAGGAGGAAGAUAGAUCUUUCUGAAUUUGUUUCGAAACAGAGAGUGAUCUGUGCACUUCUGAGGGGGUUGAUCAAUUCCUGUCACGUGUUCAUAAGAGUUACCUUUGUCGAGUGCGCAGUGUAAUCUCUUGCCGAGGCAUAUGUUAGAGGAAGAAGAUCGAUCUUUCUGGAUUUGUAUUCAAAGGCAGAAUGGUAGAUUAGAUAGCUCUUUCUGCUCUCCAUGGACCAGAGACAUGUGACCAUUUCUGUUUUCGGAAAAUGCCAGGUAUAUUAAGAUUACGUGAUAGAUUCUUUGAA